CCCAUGGAGAACAGUUCAGAGGUGACAAAUUUCAUCCUGGUGGGUCUAACCAAUACCCCAGAACUUCAGAUUCCCCUUUUUCUCCUGUUUACUCUCAUUUACCUCAUCAGUGUCUUGGGGAAUUUAGGAAUGACUGUGUUAAUCCUGGCUGACUCCCGUCUGCACACUCCCAUGUACUUUUUCCUCCUUAACCUGUCUUUGGUGGAUUUUGGUUACUCCUCAUCUGUCACACCCAAAGUCAUGGCUGGGUUUCUUCUCGGAGACAAAGUCAUCUCCUACCAUGCCUGUGCCACUCAAAUGUUCUUUUUUGCAGCCCUUGCCACUGUGGAAAAUUAUCUUUUGGCAUCAAUGGCCUACGAUCGCUACGAGGCCGUCUGUAAACCCUUACAUUACACCACCACCAUGACAACAAGUGUGUGUGCACGUCUGGUCAUUGGCUCCUAUGUUUGUGGUUUGUUGAAUGCUUCUGUUCAAAUAGGUGACACGUUUAGUCUUUCUUUCUGCAUGUCCCAUGUGGUCCAUCAUUUCUUCUGUGACGUUCCAGCUGUCAUGAUCCUCUCUUGCUCCGAUAAACACAUCCGUGAAUUGGUUCUUGUUUAUAUGUCAAGCUUCAAUGUGUUUUUUGCUCUUUGUAUUAUAUUUAUUUCCUAUGUGUUCAUAUUUAUCACGAUCUUGAAGAUGCACUCUGUUAAGGGGCACCACAAGGCCUUGUCUACCUGUGUCUCUCACCUUUCUGCGGUCUCCAUUUUCUAUGGAACCGUCAUCUUCAUGUACUUGCAGCCUGGCUCCAGCCAUUCCAUGGACACAGGCAAAACAGCAUCUGUGUUCUAUACUAUGAUAAUACCCAUGCUGAAUCCUAUAGUUUACAGUUUGAGGAAUAAAGAGGUCAAGAAUGCAUUCAAGAAAGUUUUGGGAAAGGCAAAACCAACAGUAGGGCUGGAAUUUUAG